GCCGUGCUCUACCGCUCCAGCCUCGCCGCCUUCAUCUCCGAGCGCGUGGAGGUGUCGUCCCCUCUAAACGCCUGGAAGCGAGGUUUGUGGUGGAAUUCAGUGGCACAGAGUGAUGGUCAAAGGCACGAAUGCAUUUGAUGAGCCUGAGGUCUCUACUCCACAGUGUAUGGCACUUCAUGCUUCCUAGUUUCAAAAUAAAGCUCCCAAAAAUUCCCUUGCAGCAGUGGAUACUUUCGAAGUCUUACCUUGGAGCACCAAGGUAGGCAUCUAGAUGGUAAGGAGUGCGACUGGGAUCACUUGGCAGCAAAGUCUGGGCUGUCAUCAUACAGGAGUUUUGUGGCAGAGACAGAAUCUGUCUCUGCAGCAUGUCUCCAGCUGAACAGAGCACCUCUUGUUGCUUCCUGCAGCCUCCUGCCUCAUUUCCCUCUGGGUAAAUGGAGCCCUUUCCCACAGCUUCUUUCAUGGUGGCUGCUGCUCAGCCCCAGGAGCCCUUUGUGCUCGGGAAGGUGGAAAGCCUACAGAAAACUGUGGUUGUGUGCUGCAGUGCCAGCUGCAGUGACAUCACUGCAAAGGGGCUGAAUUAAGGGUGCAAAAUAUCAGGAGGUGACAGCAAUGGAUAAAGUUUUAGUUUCUGUGUGUGUAAUGUGUAUUUGUUUCUGCUCUUUUAUGGUGCUUUUGGAUGUUUCAGGUCUCUCUACAUCUAAUCAGGCAAAACGGUUCCAAUUCUGUAUUACACGGUGAUAUAUCCUCUUAGAGUGAAGUAUUUCUGCAGCACAGAUUCCAUGUCUCACAGAACAGGGGACCAAAAUCAGUAAAUAUCCUUUGUGUGGUUUGUAUAUCACCAAGCACAGAACAUUGCAGCUGUAAUAAUUCUGUAGCUGAAACAAAGAAAUGGAUCUGAGCUGACCCUUCUGUCAGUAAGGAGGUUUGUCUGGCAGCUAAAGGGAGCAACCCAUUCUGGCUGGUCUCUGGCUGCGUGGGGUUUUGUGUCACCCACUCAGACAGCCACUCAGGCUGAGGUUCUUGGGAGUGUGACUGUUUUGGAAGCUCUACUUUUACCAUCAUGGGCUAUUCCCAUGUGGCAGGGUUCUAACACAGGCCUUUUGUACCUUUCAGUGGUCGAAGGAUUGGCUCUGCUGGAUUUGGGGGUCUCACCGUACUCUGGAGCUGUUUUUCAUGAGACUCCACUGAUAAUCUAUCUCUUCCACUUCCUGACUGAGUAUGCUGAGCUGGUGUUCAUGAUAACUGAUGUGCUAACUGCUGUUGCCCUCUACUUGGCCAUCCAGGACUUCAACAAAGUUGUGUUCAAAAAGCAGAAGCUUCUCAUAGAGCUGGAUAAAUAUGCACCAGAUGUGGCUGAACUCAUCCAGACUCCCAUGGAAAUGCACUACAUCCCCCUCAAGGUAGCACUGUUCUACCUGUUAAAUCCCUACACUGUGCUGUCCUGUGUGGCAAAGUCCACCUGUGCCAUCAACAACACUGUCAUCGCCUUCUUCAUUUUGGCUACAAUAAAAGGUAGUGCCUUCCUCAGUGCUGUGUUCUUGGCCCUGGCAACAUACCAGUCACUCUACCCUCUGACAUUGUUUGCUCCAGCACUCCUUUACCUUCUCCAGCGUCAGUUCAUACCGAUAAAACCGAAAAGCAAAAGCUUCUGGCUGUACACCAUGCAGUAUGCAGCCCUGUACCUCUGCAGCCUGCUGGUCAUCAUCUGCCUCUCCUUCUUCCUGCUCAACUCCUGGGAUUUUAUCCCCUCUGUUUAUGGGUUUAUCCUCUCUGUCCCAGAUCUGACCCCCAACAUUGGCCUUUUCUGGUACUUCUUUGCAGAGAUGUUUGAACACUUUAGUCUGUUCUUUGUGUGUGUGUUUCAAAUCAACGUGUUCUUCUACACCGUUCCCUUGGCAAUAAAGCUGAAGGAACACCCUGUGUUCUUCAUGUUCAUCCAGAUCGCCAUCAUUUCCAUCUUCAAGUCCUACCCCACGGUGGGAGACGUUGCCCUGUACAUGGCUUUCCUUCCAGUCUGGAGCCACCUUUACAGAUUCCUCCGGAACAUCUUCAUCCUGUCCUGUGUGCUCAUUGUCUGCUCCCUGCUGUUCCCUGUGCUGUGGCACCUCUGGAUUUAUGCAGGAAGUGCCAACUCCAAUUUUUAUUACGCCAUCACUCUGACUUUCAACGUUGGGCAGAUCCUGCUGGUCUCGGAUUAUUUCUAUGCCUUCCUGCGGAGGGAGUACUACCUCACCCACGGGCUGCACCUGACGCGGCCCGACGGCACAGAGGCCAUGCUGGUGCUGAAGUAAGGCUCGUGGCACCCUCCCUGGGACGUGGGCCACUGGAAGGAGCAGCAAAGCGUGGGGUGGGUGGGGAAGGUUCCCUCCACGCCAUCCGACUUUGGGAAUGUUACCUACUGAAAGAAAGGGCUGAGGUUCUUCUGGGAACACCUUCCUGAGCUGUGGGCUCAGGGCAGAGACUGAGAGCUGCUGGUGGGAGCUGCAGUGUGUCCCUUCUCCCCUCCGCUCUGCUUUUCGCCGCCGUCCAGCAGGAACUGGAGAGAGGGUCUGAGCUGGGACCAGGCCCACAGUGAGCUCAGACCAUAAACCCUUUGCUUUGCUGUCACUGCUGCUUGGAGAUGUUGGUUCUCCUGGGACUUCCCCCUUGCUGCUUUGCCCACUGAUGCUCCUGCCUGGCACAGGGUGCUGGCUGGGGCCCUGGAGCCCGAGCCCUGGCUGCUGCUGCGGGAUCGGGGAAGCUCCUGUGCUGAGGCAGAGCGGGUGUGGGGGAAAAGGGGGGCUGAGGAGGAAUGACCUGGUGAAGGUGCCAACUGCUGCCCUCCCCUCCAUCAGCUGGGGCAGUGGCCCACGGGGCAGGGGGUGGCCCUGGAAUGGUUCCUGCUGCAGAGGAGCCACCUCUCUGCCAUCUGCCCCCAUGCCAGGGUCCCAGUGCAGCCCCUGGGCAGGGGCACACAGGGCUGGGGCUGCCCGCGCCGUGGGGCACGUCAGGGAGCAUCAUAAACUGCAGGUUUUGAACA